AGCGCGACCUCUCCCUCCCCCUCCCCUCCCCUUUCCCGUCGCUCCCCCUCCCAUUGGCGGGGCGGCGUUUAUAUACUAGGCGCACACACACGGGCGCACAUACCACGGCGCAGCAGAGAGGGCAAAAAUCUGGCCGGUACUGCUCGUCUGCUUGUUCCGUGCGGUUGAGCGGGAGGAGGGAGGGAGGGAGGGAGGAAGGCCGGCGGCGAGCGGUUGAGGUUUUCGGUCGAGAUGGCGCGGGAGAGGCGGGCGAUACGGCGGAUAGAGAGCGCGGCGGCGCGGCAGGUGACCUUCUCCAAGCGGAGGCGCGGGCUGUUCAAGAAGGCCGAGGAGCUCGCCGUGCUCUGCGACGCCGACGUCGCGCUCGUCGUCUUCUCCUCCACCGGCAAGCUCUCCCAGUUCGCCAGCUCCAGUAUGAACGAGAUCAUUGACAAGUAUAGUACUCAUUCAAAGAACCUGGGGAAAUCUGAUCAGCAGCCGGCUAUUGAUUUAAAUUUAGAGCACUGCAAGUAUGACAGUUUGAAUGAACAACUUGCAGAAGCAAGUCUUCGACUUAGACACAUGAGAGGUGAGGAACUUGACGGACUAAGUGUCGGUGAGUUGCAGCAGAUGGAAAAGAAUCUCGAAACAGGAUUGCAGAGGGUGCUUUGUACAAAGGACCGGCAAUUCAUGCAACAAAUUAGUGACCUGCAACAAAAGGGAACACAGCUGGCAGAGGAAAAUAUGCGCUUGAAAAACCAAAUGCAUGAGGUGCCAACUGCUAGCAUGGUGGCCGUUGCCGAUGUUGUCCCUGAAGAUGUCCAUUCAUCUGACUCUGUGAUGACGGCAGUACAUUCGGCAAGCUCGCAGGACAAUGACGACGGUUCUGAUAUAUCCCUUAAACUAGCAUUCUUCUUCACUCAACAGGUUACCUUGGAAGUAAGGUCCGCGGGGAGACAGACCACUAUGAGUCCAUGAGGGAGUUCCUUAGUAGAGAGAAGAUGUCCAAUGCUAUGGAGACUCACUCCAAGAUAGGCUGACUGGAAUGAUCCUAUAGUAGAAGCCAGAUCAGUUUAACCCGAUCAAAUUGUCGUUGUUUUAUGUCUGCAAUGCGCACGGCGCAGUUGUCCACCUUUGCCUGGGUAUUCAGUAACUGUACUUGUAGCGUAUCCUCUUGCUCUCUUAGCGACAUGUAUCAUUCGUGCAAACCAUGUAUGCACCUGCCGCGGCUAUGUGUAUUAUUUUAUGGUGAAGCGUAUGGGCACCGUUGCUCAUGCUGAUGAA